AUGCUCAGGGGAAGAUUCUGGGAUGGGGGGGGGGGGUCGUUGUCGAAAACUGUACUGUAUUUUCCGAUAUCUUUACAAUAUGCGGCUGAAGCGCGCGGGGCGCUUUGUCCUUUAACGGAAUCUCGGGGCGCUUGCGUAAAGGAAUGUACACGCUUGUGGUUGAGAGAGGCAGUGCUGCGCUGGUGA